AUCCCCUUUUCUUCACAAAUCCAUGACUCCGAUGUAUUUCCAUGGGUUGCUACAAAAUGCAUGUAUCUUGGUAUGAUGUAGAUGAAACAUGUCAAAUAUUCUUACACUAUCUGCUUAAUUUCCUCUCAAGCCAAUCGACUUUGAUUGGAUGAUCACUUCAUUUUCUGCUUUGCUUGUCUCUGUCAAAUGCAAAUUUUGAGGUAUACGUAAGAGCGGAAGAUUGAGCUAUUUGAUUUUUUAUCUUAUAUUUGCUACUCAUAAGAACAUGCAUCAACUUAUUUUUGGCCUCUUGUUCUUGUUGAGAAAAUAUGAGAUGUCGCUUCUUUUGCCCUUCGAAUGUCCAAUGAUGAAUAGAAAUUUGAAAAAUGUAAAAAUGUGGCAAGAGUGUACAUUUUUUUUACAAAAGCUUUGAUUAUUACAUUCUAAAAUUGGGCGGGCGCGGCAACGCGCGCUAUCAUGUUCUAGUAUAUCAAUAUAUCUGCUCCGUCUAGAGAGGAUAGGGGGCUGCUUGGGCAUGGCGCAGCAGGGCAUGUCAAUAUAGUUUGGAGUCUGGGAAAGGGAGUGCUCUGCACCUAGGUAAAUUAGCAACACGUACUCCUACUUCUCAAAAUAUGCAUGUUUUGAAUUAGUUUUUUAUUUUCUUAAGAUCUCUAUAGAAUUUUUGUCUGAAUAACUAAAAGUAUUUGUUCAGAGUACUUUGAUUUCUUAAAAUUUUGGUCAAUCAAAGAUAUAUUCCAUUUUGUUUCAGAAUAGGAUGUACUUUCCUUACAGGAUAGACAACAUGGAUAAGAAUGUGUACAUAGCAUCUUUUUAUGGGUACAUUCAAGCUUAAGGCUUUGGACAUGUUUGAGGAUACAUUUGGUCCCUUUGACUGCGGCUCUAUAUUUUUUUCAUAGCAAGUCAAUUGGGUGUGCACAGGUUUUUGCAGAAGCAUAGUAUAGAUGGAAAUGUGACAAGAGUGGAGCUGCCCGUUAGGUUUUUAACCUGCUUUUGAUCUUGUGUAAUUACAAACUGUCCAGUCCCACAAAGAAGUUAAAUCUUUUUUUUUCCAGAAAUUUGACUAUAAGUUGGCUUCCAUGGACAUGCAGUACUCAACAUAUGAUAUCCUCCCGACUCUGACUGAACUAUGUUUUGAUGCAAAUUCAGACAUGCUCUGCAUUUUUUGAUAGCAAUGCGGGCUGCAGAGAUCGUCUGCGUAGCUCUGCGGGUGUUGAUGUAAUCCCGUCGAAGUAGCCGUCACAAAUUCCAAGAAUUGUUUCGACUUUGCGCUCAUGAAAUGCUUUUUGACUAUAUUUUUGUUUAUUGAUCCGAAGAUAGGGAUCAACUGAACUAAUUUUCAGUUUGCGUGUCACACGUGGCCACUUGUCCAGUGUGACGUGUCCAGGAUCGGACCCCAGCUGUAAGAGUGCAUGAGUGAGAGCGAGGGAGUGAUAAAAGGGGCAGCCAGCCGCCUGUGGCAGGGUAUGCGAUGUAACAGACUGUCAACUCAUCCUAAUCCUUCCUCUUGAAGCAAUCCCCCUUCUUCCUCUCCAAGUCUCUCUCUCUCGCUCUCACUCACCUACUCCCGAUCCCCACCUCUCCGGUUCGUUACAAUUGGUAAUCAGAGCCAAAUCGCCCCGAAAUUUUUCUCCCCCGCGCUGGUUGCAGCUCGGUAACAUCCACCGCGCCGGUGUGUGCUGCUUCGGCAAGCUCACACGAAAUCCGUCACGGGGUUUGAUCUCUUCCAAGCACGGCCACGGCGCCCUCCAAAGCUUCGGCGGCGAUGCGUCAGGUACUGGCCGCCAUGGACGAGGGCAACAGCAACAUCACCAAGAUGCUCGAGUCCCUCCUCGCCAAGAUGGACGAGCAGAAGGCGGUCCACGACAAGCAGAUCGAGAUUCAGGCCGCCUUCAACGCGCAGAUCUCGCAGGACGUGCGUGGCCUCUCCAGGCAGAUCGAUCUGACACAGGCCGACGUCGACGCGACUCGCAAGACGGUGGAAGGCUCAGCAUCGCCGUCGGGGUCGAUCACCACCGUGCUGCACCAACCCGCCGCUCCGCAACAACCCCCACCACCGCCCCCGCCGCCUCCACACACGCCGCGCGUGGCCACCGAACAGGGCUGCCUGGCGACCGCCCACGCGCGUCUCGGGGGCCAUCGACCCCCGCUGAUUCCCGUGCCUCCACAGGGCAGAUUCGCGACCCCGGUCGUCGCUCCCUCCCCAACAGCGGGCCACUACGGCAAUGACUACCACAAGCCACCGAAGCACGACUUCCCCCGAUUCGACGGCUCCGCUCCAUACCUGUGGCUAGAUCACUGCCUGGCGUACUUCGAGCUCUACAAGGUCGCACCACAGAACUGGGUGGCCACCGUGGCGCUGUAUAUCGAAGGCCAAGCAGCGCACUGGCUGCAAGCAUUUCGUCAAACACAUCGCGGCAUCACCUGGGAGGUCUUCACGUUCGUCGUGCUCGAGGAGUUCGGUGCCGACGAGUUCGAGGUGGUCAUGCACAAGCUGCUCCAACUCCGGCAAACCGCCACGGUUGCCGAGUACCGCGCGGCGUUCGACGAGCAAAUGUACCACCUGCUCGCGCUCGAUCCGUCCAUCAACACCAAGUUCUUCGUCACCCAGUUCGUCUUGGGCCUGAAGGACGAGCUACGCGCCCCGGUUCGUCUGCAGGCGCCCUCAAGCAUCACCAGGGCGUCGGUGUUGGCGUGUAUUCAAGAGGAGGAACUGGGCACGACGCGCGUGCGCCCACGCAUCACACCAGCGGGGCGACCCCCACCGGCGGCGGCUCCACCACAACCCCGGGCGGCCGCACCCAACCGCGCCCCCACGGACGACUACGCGCGCGAGCGGCAACUCCGUGACUAUCGCCGUGCCAAUAAUUUGUGUUUCAAGUGCGGCGACCGAUACUCGCGGGAGCACCGGUGUGCGCAGCCUGCCCAGCUGCUCACCAUCAGCGUCGGCGAUCACGGCAGGUGCUCUCUGACGACACCAUCCACGCGCUGCAACUCCUCGACAACCCCAGACCGGUCGCGCAGCCGCCAGCUCCUGCUGGGGAUGCUCCCGAGUGCUGCCUCCUCUCGUCGCACGCUCUGGACGGCACGGACUCGGCGACGACGAUCCGCCUGCGCGCACUGGUGGGCAAUCAGGUCAUGCUACUUCUCCUUGAUUCGAGCAGCUCGCACAGCUUCGUCAACAGAUCCUUCGUCGAUCGUCUCGGGCUGGCGACAGAAGAAAUGCCGCGGGUGGACGUGCGCGUCGCCAACGGUGACCGUCUCUCCUGCAACCGCAUCGUCCCCGAGCUCAAGUGGUGGAUGCAGGGGCAUACGUUCGCCACACCGAUGCGCGAGCUGGACAUUGGCGCGUACGAUGGCAUUCUGGGCAUGGACUGGCUUGCCCAACACAGCCCCAUGACAUGCCACUG